CCCGUGGUGACUCCGAUUGAUAUAUAUCAGUAAACCAGUGUUUCGAAUCGUACAAAUAGUGCGGCAGGAAUCGAGUGUCUUGGUGUAUAUCGACGGUUUUUUUUUUUUCAAUUUAUUCACUCGGAUCCGCUGGGGCUAUUAUGACAUUUGACUGACAGGCAGCGAAUCGAGAAUGGCGCGAUUCAUCGUCGUUCUAUCGUGCUCGUUGUUGUUGUUGUUGCUGUUGCACGUCAACGAUGCACGAGCAGAUUUUUCCGAGGUUUGGGAGUCGGCGACUUCCGCGGCGAGUUCGAUUGCCAGCUACGUGGAGGAGCUGGCCGACGCUACGAUACACUCGGCCAAGGACUAUUACUGCCAGCACUCCGAGUGCUGUGGAGUCGAGGACGUGCCUUACAAUUUAAAUAGCCUUAGAUCGAUGCUGUGGACAAAACUGUAUGGUCAGCACAUAGCAUCAGAAGUAGUUUUGAAUGCAAUCAACAGUCACAUCAAGUCUUCCGAUAAGCCACUUGUCUUGAGUUUUCAAGGUACCAAUGGCGUUGGCAAGAGCUUUGUGUCAAAGAUGAUUGCUCGUGCAUUUUACAAGAAAGGAGAAAAGAGCAAAUUCUUCCAUUUCUAUUAUGGUCUUGAGAACUUUCCCAUACAUGAAAAAGUCUCAGAAUAUCAAGUGCAAUUAAAAUCUGAAGUAGAAGCAGCCAUAAACUCAUGUGAAAGGUCACUCUUUGUUUUUGAUGGAGUCGAUUAUAUGCCUCCUGGUUUAUUGAAUAUUUUGAUGCCUUUUAUUGAUAGUGGAAAUUAUGGCGGUAAAUCUAAUAAAAACAAAUCCAUCUUUAUAUUUAUGACCAACAGAGGAGGUCUAGCAAUACAAAAUCAUUUGCUUUCAAAAUAUGAAGACGAUCUAGACAGAGAAUCUACCACUCUUCAAGACUUUGAAGACAUUAUCAUGACAAUAACGCUGCGUCAAAGCGGUGGAUUUUAUGAAAGUGCCAUGAUUCAAGCUGAAGCUAUUGAUUAUUAUGUCCCUUUUCUGCCUUUGGAAAAACAUCACGUUAGGAACUGUAUUCACGAUGCCUACAGGGCAUUGAAUGUUACACCUACUAAUGAUCUCAUUGAAAAAGUAUUCAGUGAAUUGAGAUUUGGUCCUCCACCACAAAACAUUUUUUCUAAUAGUGGUUGCAAACGAGUAGAACAAAUUACAGGAAGAAUGGUGGCAAGAUUACAAUUUGACAAAGAAUCUUCUAGCUUAAUUGACACACAAACUUCCCGAUAUGAAUUAUAAUUGUAAAUAUAAUGUUAAUGUAGAUAAUAUAAGAAUUAAAAAUAAUAUAUUGUUAAAACUAACAAAUAAUUGUAGACUGUGCUUUGUCUUUAAAACUCGAAAAAUAAUUGAUUGUAAAUAUUUAUCAAUUGAGCAUUUGAUUUGAUUUAUAUUGUAUUGAAUUUGUGCUUCACUAGAUCUAACAUUACUUUACAUAAUGCUGUGAACUCUGUGAAAUCCAUUGAUUUUAUUUAUUCAUUGUAAAAUUAAUAG